UUUCGGGAUGGAUUAAUACAAAACCGUGAUCGCUUCAGUGAAAUGAAAGCGAAAACUUGGCUUAAAUGUAUGCUUAAAUAUGAAUGUUCGUCUCCCUCUGUAACUGUUAACAUUGGGAUUUCAUCAGUCACCUUAAAGAGUGCUAGUUGAUCAUGAGUAAUCUUGCCAAACAGCAGAUCGGAAUUAAUAAUUAUACACAGAUUCCUCCUUCCAGUGGCCUAUCCACGUCUUAUUAGUUUAAUCUGUUUUUUGUUUUGUUUCACAAACUCGAUGAUGGAAAACAUGAGGGAAAUAGAGAAAUGUAAAGCACGAGUUCAAGAUGUAGAGGUUCCGCUGGAAGUAUUUGAAAACUCGAUGAUAGACAACAUGAGGGAAAUAGAGAAAUGUAAAGCACAUGUUCAAGAUGUAGAGGUUCCGCUGGAAGUAUUUGAGUACAUAGAUCAGGGAAGAAAUCCUCAGCUGUAUACUAAAGACUGUCUUGAGAAAGCACUAGAAAAAAAUCAGCAAGUGAAUGGCAAAAUAGAUGCUUACAAGAACUUCAAGUCACUUCUUGUUGACGAACUUUCAAAGCAUUUUCCCAAGGAAAUUGAUGAAUACCAGAACAUCAAAGAGCGGCAGAUGAAGACAUGAUUCUGGAUGGAGAUUCUAUUUUAUUAGAAUGUAACCAGUUUGUAAAUAAUUAUGUAAAUAAAAUCCUGGUUGGCAGCUAAA